AGAACGGCUGUUCAAACUUGCGGCGGGAAGCGCCGGGGGCCCAGACGAGCCGUCACCAUGGAGACGCUGUUGUGGCAGGUGGAGCAGCUGGCCGGGCUCCUGGCCGUGUCCCGCUCGGGGCAAGUCCGGGACUGGGACCCGCCAACCCUGGACAGAGCCUUGCAGUGGGGCCGUUACUUCCAACACCUGCACGGCCGCUUCCGCGCCCACCCCCGGCUCCGGGCCGCCCUGGGGCAGCGGCUCCGCCGAGGGCAGCAAGGGCCGCCGCUUGGCUUCGGACACCUGGGGCGCUGCCCGGAGCUGCUGGGCCUAGCGCUGCUGGGCAACCGGGCGCUGCCGCCCGCCGCCUGCCACCGCCUCCUGCGGAGCUUGCUGCUGCCGCCCAGCGACCAGGCUACCCCGGGGCCCUGCAGCCUCAGCCUCCUGGCCCGGCGCAGGGCCGCCGCCCAGCUGCUGCUGCCGCCCAGCCCAGCCCAGGCGCGCCCUGAGGAGCUGGAGCAGGAGCAGUCGCUGCGGACCGAGGCCCAGCUGCUGCUGUCCCGGCUGCAGGAAGACGAGGAGGAGGAGCAGGGACCAGCGGGUGUCCUGGAGGAUCUGCCCAGGCCUAGGGUCUACUGGGUGCUGGCGGCGCUGCUGCUGGAGCAGGCCGGGGACAACGCUGGCAGAGAGGGGGCCAGCUGGGCAGAGCACAGGGAGGGGCCCAGGCCGGCUGCGGCGGUGCUCUCCUGGCUGCUUGGGGACCCAGGCCGGCUCUCCGUCUUCUGCCGCCUCCUCCCGGGCUCCCUCCUCGUUGCCCUUUCUGCCCGAUACCCCCAGCUAGGCACCCCUUACUUGCAUCUCCUUACCAGCUGGGGCAGCCGCCUGCGCUACGAUCCCCUGAGCGGCCAAUGGGCCAGCAGCCGCUGCCCUAGUGAAGACGAGCUCUCCUGGGAAGAGCUGCGGGAGCGCUUCAGCUGCUUUAUGAGGGGACCUGCCCCGCUCCGAGAGGCUGCCCUGGCUUCUCUGAAAAACCUGAAGAUCCAGGAUGGAGACUUCGAAGUCUGCGGCCUGAGUGUCUGGACUGACCUGUUGCUGGAGAUGGACGCACCUCUCUAAAGACACUCGAACGUUAGCUCGGAGGAAGAGAGGACUAGGACAUUAAAUAGGUUUCAAAGGAAAUUAAAUAGUGUGAAAUCCAAGAAACUGGAGUAACUUUCUUUUCUCCAUAACUAACAUCAAAGUCAAAUGGAUUAUAUCUUGCUUGGAGUGAAAAGGCAACUUUGUGAUCAGAUUGCAUGCCAUAAAACUUAAGUAAGUUAGCAAAGAGUGCCUUAGGGAUUGGGUUCCCCUCGUGCACAUGCUGGUGUAAACCUGGACUGACUCCCCCUCUACAGGAGUUACCCAUGUAAAAUCUGUAUAAAUGAGCUCAGAAUCAGGCUCCUUACAUCUAGUCAAGUAGUUCCCAGUUACAUUUCUCUUACACUCGGAACAAGUUGACUAGGAAUCUUCUUCUUUCCUCUUCCAGUUUAUUUUCUUCCCUCCACCUCUUAUGUCUUUACCAGCUCUGAUAUUCCCCAAUACUUAUGGUUGGGCUGUUUGGUUUAAGAGUACCUUUAAUUCUGUUGAUCACUAACAGGAAAUGCUUCCAUCCCCUAUUGGCACUAUUGCUACAAAAGUAAAGUGUGCAAAUACCUUAAAAUAUAAAGAAACUAGCUUAACUUUCUGAAAAAUAGAAAUUGAACUGUGUAUUGCCAUGGGUAUAGUGUGUUGACAUUUGUCUGUCUGUUUCUAGCAGUUGCAAACUGACAGAGUACAAAAACGGGGAAAGGACUCUUUUUGUCUCACUUGUUUAGGAUGCUCAUAAUUCCAAGUUAAAUGUAUUCUUCACUAUCACCUUGUCUUCCAGUGGUGGUUUAUUUUUGCCUUUUUUUCCUUCAUGCAAAUAUCCUAGGCACAAUGUGGGUAGGAGUGCAGAGGUCAGAGGCAACUUCAUGCCCAAUGGGAAAGAAUCCAGAAAACGUACAUAAAGCCUGCUGAUUUGAUCUUUUAUCAAUCGCUAUGUAGCAUGUUUGUUUCUAUGUUGCCGUGGAAACUUCAUUUUCCUAUCCUACAAAUGGAUACUCAGUACCUUAGCUUUUUGUUGAGAGUUUUUCACCAAACUGGAACCAGAAUGGGAGAGUAGAAAUACCUUCUUUCAAAUGGGUUGGGCAACAAACUUCUUUCCCUCCUAAAUGAUUACUGAAAGACCUGCUUGUCUUAAUUGUCUUUAUUAAACUGUGACUCUGAUCACAAUCUCUGUGUGAGAAAAUAAUUACUGGUCAGGAUUUGCUAAAUGAAGGCUAGAUGUGCAAACUGACCAUGAACUACAAAAUGGGCAUUCUCCUGCAGUUUACUUGAAAAGUCUAGGUUAACUGCUCAGUUUUUUUUUUUUUUAAAUAAAACACUUUAUUACACAAAGCAAGAAGUGGCAUGUUACAGGUAUGGAAGAUAUUUGACCUACAGCCUCAAUAUACAUCUGAGCUAUGAUGCUAUCUAACUGCACAUAAAAAUAAACAGUAAAUCUGUUUUGCAAAGCAAUUGAAAUGCUGUAUGGUGAUGAUACAGGGCCAAAUCACGACCCCCCCGCAUGUCUGUGGGUGAGCAGUUAAUUGAUGAGCAGUCACUCACACAAGUAGUAACAUUACCUGGGUAGUCUCAUCAGUGGACCAUAAAGGGGGAAAUCAUAAGCUGGAGAUAUCUGAAAAAUGCUUUAGAUUUUUCUGUUUUAAAAGCACUAUGUAAAUGGAAUAUGCCAGAAUUCUUAAAAUUGCUCUACAUCAGCAAGUCUAGUCUAAUCUGAGAGCAAAUUUGUAUGGGCAAGUUAUAAACCUAAUAAAAUAGGAAACUAUACUAUAAACCCCUUAAUUAAAAGACCUUUCUUUAUUGUAGUGAUAGUAGAUGAGAGAGAGAGAGCAGAAGCUCCUCAGUGAAGCUUGAGUCAUCUGGUAAUACUGAGUUCAUAUUAUUCAACCUAAUUUGGCCCAUUAAAGCAAGGAAUUUCUGCUGCCAGGAAUUUCUGCUGCAGGCCCCUGCUUAUCACCCACUUAAUGAGGUUCUUACAGAGGUGUGGUGUGUUUUUGUUUGUUUGUUUUAAUGAAAUCUGAACAUCUAAGCCUGUUUCUAUUGUUGCCUUACUGACAUUUUGCAGAAUGCACAUAAAUUUCAAAGCACAAAUAAAUACACAAUAAAUGAUUCAAAUAAAAUACCACUGAGACUUUUGGAAACUUUUGGAACCCUACUAUUCCUUUGCUGUGCCACAAAAUGUGGCAAAUAUUCCGUUGCUGUGGAAAUCUUAUUCCUUAACCUCAUUUGAUGAUUUAACAAUCCUACGUAUCAGACAGUAUGAUGAAAAUCCAGACUGUUUGCAAUGGGAAUUAUAAUUAGCAAAUAUUUUCUAUUCAUGUUUUAACUUGAGAUCUAGCAGAGCUAAUGUAACUUAUAUCUUGUAGUUCCACUCCCCUUAAACUCAUGGCAUAUUAGUGAAGUAGUAAAUAUGUAUAUCAGGCUCCUACUUCUGCUUUCUCAGCCUGUUGUAUCAAGUUUUGUCCUGUAUUUUCAUACCUUGUUGGCACCUGCUUCUUGCUGUUACACAGGAAAAGAAUACCAUGGCACCAUAUCUCCACUUCGUACUGUAUUUCUCGGUAACUAUACUGAAGCUACUACCCUUUCCAGAGUCUUACUGAAUUAUCCUGGAAUUUAAACCAUGCCCUGGAUGGGAAUAAUUUGUUGCUACCAGUAGUGCAGCAUGUGCAACAUCUAGAUCAGUGAUACUCGGA